AUGGAGAACUUCACGGCGUUGUUCGGGGCCCAGGGGGAGCCGCCGCCGCCGCCCCCGGCCGCGCUGGGCUUCGGCCCCGGGAAACCGCCGCCGCCGCCCCCGCCGCCGCCUCCGGGCUCAAGCUCCGGCACCGGGGCCCCCACGACGGCCGCCCCCGCCCCGCCCGGCGCCGACAAGACCGCGCCCGGGUGCGGGCCCUUCUACCUAAUGCGGGAACUGCCCGGCAGCAGUGAGCUGACGGGCAGCACCAACCUCAUCACGCACUACAACCUGGAACACGCCUACAACAAGUUCUGCGGGAAGAAGGUGAAGGAGAAGCUCAGCAACUUCUUGCCCGACCUGCCCGGCAUGAUCGACCUGCCCGGCUCCCACGACAACAGCAGCCUCCGCUCUCUGAUCGAGAAGCCGCCCAUCUGCAGCAGCUCCUUCAACCCCAUCACGGGCACCAUGCUGACGGGCUUCCGCCUCCACGCCGGCCCGCUGCCGGAGCAGUGCCGCCUGAUGCACAUCCAGCCCCCGAAGAAGAAGAACAAGCACAAACACAAGCAGAGCCGCACCCAGGAUCCCGUCCCCCCAGAGACGCCUUCGGACUCGGACCAUAAAAAGAAGAAAAAGAAGAAGGAGGAGGAUCCGGAGCGGAAGCGGAAGAAGAAGGAGAAGAAGAAAAAGAAGAACCGGCACAGCCCGGACCACCCGGGCGUGGGCGGCUCCCAAGCCAGCAGCAGCAGCAGCAGCCUCCGCUAGCCGGACCGCCGGACCGCCGGACCGCCGCUCCUCCCGCGCCCGAGCGGCCCUCUCUCUGCCAAGUUGACCUUGCCACGCGAGGGACGGGCAUGGCACCGGCCAGUGCCGCGGAGCGCCGUGACCGCGCUGGCAGUCGGCUCCUCCUCCUCCCCCAGGAUUGGAGACGGUUGAGGGAGCGUGGCGUCUUCCUCCUCUCCUUCCCCGAUCUCUUUUGUACAGUUUGUGCCUGUUC